AUGGAGGUGUGUUCAGGUGUUAAAUAGUUACUUUGUCACUUUGUGUAAAUAGUCAACACCCAUAGUCAAUACCAAUGCAGGGCAUUGUGUUACAAGCUGAGGCAUGCCUCACUGCCUAUUUGUUUUAAUUGUACAAACUCUUCACAUCACAUAUCACCAAGUGUCACGCGGCGUGUAUGCGGUAGCGAAGUCAAAAGCAGGACACAGAGCGGCUGGCAACGUGUUUUACUGAACACAGUAAAAUCAACGUACAAAAAACAACAAACCUCCAAACAGGGAGGAAAGCACAAAGACCCGUACAUACAAGAACUGCCGGAAUGACAACAAACAAUAACACACAAAGUACCAAUGAGAGACAGGGGUUAAUAUAGGGAAUAUAAUCAAACCAUAUGAACUGAAGAGAAUGUGCAAUAUGAUAUAAUCAGGGCUGUGUCCAUGUUGCAUACUGCCCAUUCUUCAGAGCAAAUGGCAAAGGCAGAUCUAAAUGCUCUAUGCCUCUGACUCAUACAGUCAAUAAAUAGGAGAAUGUACCGUGCCUGUUUGUGAGUGAAUACAGAUAACACCUGAUCAUCAUGAGUGUAAUGGUGGACACUGGACAUCAUACUCAGUCCAUACAGGUGGCAACACUGAUACUAGUAGUUGGCAACGCUGAUACUGUAAUGUCAUUAAAUAAUCUGGAGUAUAGCCAUGGGGAUGUGCAGAAACAAAUACCUGUCAUGAUUAGCCACACACACAUCUAAACCAAAUUGUAUGUCCACAUGGUAAUUUGCCUUAGUUUCAAGUUUUAAUGUCACAUGCACAAGUAAAGUGAAAUGCCUUUCUUGCAAGCUCUAAACCCAACAAUGCAGUAAUCAAUAUCAAUGUAGUACAAAAAAGAACAUAAGGUAGAACAAAAACACACAAGAAAUGAAAAUAAGAAAUAAGAAGAACACAAGAAAGUAAGUAAGCAUACUAUAUAUACGGUCAGUCCAUUCCAGUACCAUAUUCACAAUCUGCAGGGAUACUGGAGUGAUAGAGGUAUGUAUAGGGGUAGGGUGACUAAGCAUCAGGAUAUAUGAUAAACAGAGUAGCAGCUAGGGCUGUUAUGGUGACCAUAUUACCGCCACACUGUCAGUCACAAGUCAUGAAGGCAGUCAAAUUAUGUUUAGUCACGGUGGGCUUCCCCAAGCUCUGAUGCUGCCGAUGGUCAUUAGUAGCUUACCAAACUUGCUAACUGCCUGGUACUCAGCACUCUCUUGUCCAUCUAAUCACUCUAACAUCAAUGCAAAUGUAAUCGAAAAUCUAAUCAAACACUUAAUGAGAGCCCAUGAGCUCAUGUUGCACAACAUUUCUAUAGGCUAUUUAAUUGCGUGAGAAAACAGAGUGAUGGCCUCUAUUAAAAAGAGGAGGAUCCCAUCAGCCUCGACCAGCACCAGCUUGCCCAGUUGAACGCCGCCAUGACGGAAGUGCUCCAAACUCUGCAUAAUCUGCCCAGUGCUCCGGUUCCACCUCAGUGAACGGCGAGUGCACCCAGUCCACCUGUUCCCAUGCUAUCACCAACUUCUGAGGGACCCCUCGCCCUUUUGGAGCGCUAUGACGGUAAAACUGCUUAAUGUAGCGGCUUCCUGCUACAGGUUUCACUUUAUCUGGCGCGUCAGCCUGGGGCAUAUACAUCUGACCAAGCCAGGAUAGUGCUGGUGGUUUCGCUACUUAAAGGAAAGGCGCUGGAUUGGGCCACGGCAGUCUGGGAAGGAGGUGAGGCCGCAGCGCUUCCCUACUCCACCUUCCUCGCUCGGUUCAGGGUGGUGUUUGAUCAUCCCAUGGAGGGAAAGGACGGGGGUGAGCGUCUCCUCCAGCUACAACAGGGAGAGGGGCCCGCGUCCGAGUACGCUCUGAGCUUUCGCACGGUGGCGGCGUCUUCUGUCUGGAAUGAGCAUGCUCUGCGCACGGCCUUCAGGAGAGGCUUAUGGGAGGACAUCAAGAUGGAACUCGCAUGUCGGGAAGAUGAGAUGGACCUUGAUACCCUCAUCACCACGUCCAUCCGUCUUGACGACAUGUUGAGAGACAGACGGCGUUCCCAAAACCUCCUGGAGCCUUGUCGCUCAUCCCAUCUGAGUUGGGCAGCACCCCCUACACCACCACGGACCACAGAUCUCCUGACGGCUCCCAAUCUAGGCGGUAUGACUCCCGUCAACGCUCCGUGAGCGUUACGUCAUCUCCUAUCACCAAACCAUUGUUUUUAGUUCCCAUAACGGUGACUGGUUAUUCCUUCUCUUCCAUUUCCACUGCAAUGAUAGAUUCCGGAUCAGCGGGGAACCUUAUAGAUAGGGAGAAACAGGGGUUCAUCAGACGCUCUACCUCUCCUACCUCCGCCAGCUUCAUCUUCGUGGCCAAAAAAGACGGAGGACUGAGGCCGUGCAUUGACUACAGGGGGCUGAACGCAGUCACCACCAAGUACCGGUACUCCCUCCCUCUGGUUCCGUCGGCCAUCGAGCAGCUACGAGGGGCCCGGUACUUUACCAAGUUGGACCUGAGGAAUGCCUACAACCUGAUCCGAAUCCGGGAAGGAGACGAGUGGAAGACGGCAUUCAGCACUACCUCAGGCCACUAUGAAUACUGUGUCAUGCCAUACGGCCUCGCCAACGCACCUUCUGUGUUCCAGUCCUUCGUCAAUGACAUGCUCCAAGACAUGCUGAGUAGACAGGUGGUGGUGUACAUUGACGAUAUCCUGAUCUACUCAGCUACAUUCAAGGAGCACGUCAGGGACGUCAGAGCUGUCCUACUCCGCCUCCGGGAACACAGCCUAUUGGUGAAGGGGGAGAAAUGCGAAUUCCACCAACAGGCCAUCUCCUUCCUGGGAUACAGGAUCAGUCCUUAGGGGGUGUUCAUGGAAAGAGAGAAGACGGACGUCGUCAGGUCAUGGCCGGGCCCCACCACCAUGAAGGGCCUACAAUUUCUACCGGCAUUUCAUCAGGUCCUUCAGCUCCAUAGCCACCCCCCUCACCUCUCUCCUUAAGAGUGGACCUCAGAAGCUGGCCUGGAACCCUGAGGCUGACGCUGCCUUCAAGAGGCUGAAGGAGAGGUUCACCACAGCGCCCAUCCUAAAACACCCAGAUUCAUCUUGUCCUUUCAUCCUGGAGGUGGACGCAUCUGAGGAGGGCGUGGGUGCGGUCCUCUCCCAGCGGCAAGGUAAGCCAGAGAAAAUGUAUCCCUGUGCCUUUUUCUCUAAAAAGCUUACCCCCACAUUGAGGAACUAUGGAGUUGGAGACAGGGAGCUGUUGGUGGUGGUCCUCCCUCUGGAGGAAUGGAGACACUGUCUGGAGAGCGGAGUCCAUCCAUUCCAGAUUCUUACUGACCACCGGAAUUUGGAGCACAUACGGGCAGUGAAACGGAUGAACUCUCGUCAAGCCAGGUGGGCCCAAUUUCUUACUCGCUUUCAGUUCAUUCUGUCCUACCGCCCAGGAUCCCAGAAUGUGAAAGCCGACGCACUCUCCAGGAUGCACCAUACCGGAGAAAGGAAGGAUCUGGUGGGUCCUAUCCUGCCCCUGUCUCUCAUCGUUGCACCUGUCGUUUGGGAUGUGGACGAUGACAUCCGCCUGGUGGCUCAGGAGGACCCAGCGCCUGCUAAUACCCCUCCGGCCCGCUCCUCGUCCUCGGGGUCAUCCUCAUGGCUAGUGAUGUCUUGCAGCAGGAGCUGCGCAUCUGGGGGGGGGGGUAUUGUCCCGUCUCCUCCCGUUGCUCCCCUCCGGCGCUCUGAUUCGCCGGUCUACUGAGCCACCGGUCUGAGCGCACCACCUCAGCACCACAGGAAUGGAAACCCAACGCAAAGUAAUCACCUCCAGCGCACCUGCACCUCAUCAUCUCAUCACCACCACUAUAUAGCCCUGGACUGUUCAGUCAUUGUUGUGUGUAAUUGUUAGCGUCGUGUCAUUUACUCGCUCCUUGUUAUUUUCUUUCUCAUUGUUAAGUAAACCUUUACCUUGUUGAUUCCUGCCUCUGCGUCCUGCCUCUUCGUAUCCUCAGUACUCGUCACAGGAGGAUGUCUUCCCUGUAACGCACAGCGUUGAGAUUGCCUGCAAUGACAACAAGCUCAGUCCGAUGAUGCUGUGAUACACCGCCCCAGACCAUGACGGACUCUCCACCUCCAAAUCAAUCCCACUCCAGAGUACAGGCCUCAGUGUAUCGCUCAUUCCUUCGUCGAUAAACGCGAAUCCGACCAUCACCCCUGGUGAGACAAAACCGCGACUCGUCAGUGAAGAGCACUUUUUGCCAGUCCUGUCUUGUCCAGCGACGGUGGGUUUGUGCCCAUAGGCGACGUUGUUGCCGGUGAUGUCUGGUGAGGACCUGCCUUACAACAGGCCUACAACUGGCCUACAAGCCCUCAGCCUAUUGAGGACAGUCUGAGCACUGAUGGAGGGAUUGUGCGUUCCUGGUGUAACUCAGGCAGUUGUUGUUGCCAUCCUGUCCCGCAGGUGUGAUGUUCGGAUGUACCGAUCCUGUGUAGGUGUUAUUACACGUGGUCUGCCACUGCGAGGACGAUCAACUGUCCGUCCUGUUUCCCUGUAGCGCUGUCUUAGGCAUCUCACAGUACGGACAUUGCAAUUUAUUGCCCUGGCCACAUCUGCAGUCCUCAUGCCUCCUUGCAGCAUGCCUAAGGCACAUUCACGCAGAUGAGCAGGGACCCUGGGCAUCUUUCUUUUGGUGUUUUUCAGAGUCAGUAGAAAGGCCUCUUUCAUAACUGUGACCUUAAUUGCCUACCGUCUGUAAGCUGUUAGUGUCUUAAUGACCAUUCCUCAGGUGCAUGUUCAUUAAUUAUUUAUGGUUCAUUGAACAAGCAUGGGAAACUGUGUUUAAACCCUUUACAAUGAAGAACUGUGAAGUUAUUUGGAUUUUUACAAAUUAUCUUUGAAAGACAGGGUCCUGAAAAAGGGACGUUUCUUUUUUUGCUGAGUUUAUUAUUUAGUAUAUGUAAAGACAAGAUUAAAUCAAGAAUAGUCUUAUGGGUGACAAUAAAUCAAAUCAAAUCAAAUUUUAUUGGUCACAUGCGCCGAAUACAACAGGUGCAGACAUUACAGUGAAAUGCUUACUUACAGCCCUUAACCAACAGUGCAUUUAUUUUAAACAAAAAAGUAAGAAUAAAACAACAACAAAAAAGUGUUGAGAAAAAAAGAGCAGAAGUAAAAAAUAAAGUGACAGUAGGGAGGCUAUAUAUACAAUAGAAUAAAGUGACAGUAGGGAGGCUAUAUAUACAGGGGGGUACCGUUGCAUAGUCAAUGUGCGGGGGCACCGGCUAGUUGAGGUAGUUGAGGUAAUAUGUACAUGUGGGUAGAGUUAAAGUGACUAUGCAUAAAUACUUAACAGAGUAGCAGCAGCGUAAAAAGGAUGGGGUGGGGGGGCAGUGCAAAUAGUCCGGGUAGCCAUGAUUAGCUGUUCAGGAGUCUUAUGGCUUGGGGGUAGAAGCUGUUGAGAAGUCUUUUGGACCUAGACUUGGCACUCCGGUACCGCUUGCCGUGCGGUAGCAGAGAGAACAGUCUAUGACUAGGGUGACUGGAGUCUUUGACAAUUUUGAGGGCCUUCCUCUGACACCGCCUGGUAUAGAGGUCCUGGAUGGCAGGGAGCUUUGCCCCAGUGAUGUACUGGGCCGUACGCACUACCCUCUGUAGUGCCUUGCGGUCAGAGGCCAAGCAGUUGCCAUACCAGGCGGUGAUGCAACCAGUCAGGAUGCUCUCGAUGGUGCAGCUGUAGAAUUUUUUGAGGAUCUGAGGACCCAUGCCAAAUCUUUUUAGUCUCCUGAGGGGGAAUAGGCUUUGUCGUGCCCUCUUCACGACUGUCUUGGUGUGUUUGGACCAUGAUAGUUUGUUGGUGAUGUGGACACCAAGGAACUUGAAGCUCUCAACCUGUUCCACUACAGCCCCGUCGAUGAGAAUGGGGGCGUGCUCAGUCCUCUUUUUUUUCCUGUAGUCCACAAUCAUCUCCUUUGUCUUGGUCACGUUGAGGGAGAGGUUGUUGUCCUGGCACCACACGGCCAGAUCUCUGACCUCCUCCCUAUAGGCUGUCUCAUCGUUGUCGGUGAUCAGGCCUACCACUGUUGUGUCGUCGGCAAACUUAAUGAUGGUGUUGGAGUCGUGCCUGGCCAUGCAGUCAUGGGUGAACAGAGAGUACAGGAGGGGACUGAGCACGCACCCCUGAGGGGCCCCCGUGUUGAGGAUCAGUGUGGCAGAUGUGUUGUUACCUACCCUUACCACCUGGGGGCGGCCCGUCAGGAAGUCCAGGAUCCAGUUGCAGAGGGAGGUGUUUAUUCCCAGGAUCCUUAGCUUAGUGAUGAGCUUUGAGGGCACUAUGGUGUUGAAUGCUGAGCUGUAGUCAAUGAAUAGCAUUCUCACGUAGGUGUUCCUCUUGUCCAGGUGGGAAAGGGCAGUGUGGAGUGCGAUAGAGAUUGCAUCAUCUGUGGAUCUGUUGGGGCGGUAUGCAAAUUGGAGUGGGUCUAGGGUUUCUGGGAUUAUGCUGUUGAUGUGAGCCAUGACCAGUCUUUCAAAGCACUUCAUGGCUACAGACGUCAGUGCCACGGGUCGGUAGUCAUUUAGGCAGGUUAUCUUAGCGUUCUUGGGCACGGGGACUAUGGUGGUCUGCUUGAAACAUGUUGGUAUUACAGACUCAGUCAGGGACAUGUUGAAAAUGUCAGUGAAGACACUUGCCAGUUGGUCAGCACAUGCUCGGAGUACACGUCCUGGUAAUCCGUCUGGCCCUGCGGCCUUGUGAAUGUUGACCUGCUUAAAAGUCUUACUCACAUCGGCUACGGAGAGCGUGAUCACAUAGUCGUCCGGAACAGCUGGUGCUCUCAUGCAUGCUUCAGUGUUGCUUGCCUCGAAGCGAGCAUAGAAGUGGUUUAGCUCGUCUGGUAGGCUUGUGUCACUGGGCAGCUCGCGGCUGUGCUUCCCUUUGUAGUCUGUAAUAGUUUUCAAGCCCUGCCACAUCCGACGAGCGUCAGAGCCAGUGUAGUAUGAUUCAAUCUUAGACCUGUAUUGACUCUUUGCCUGUUUGAUGGUUCGUCGGAGGUCAUAGCGGGAUUUCUUAUAAGCGUCCGGGUUAGAGUCCCGUUCCUUGAAAGCGGCAGCUCUACCCUUUAGCUCAGUGCGGAUGUUUCCUGUAAUCCAUGGCUUCUGGUUGGGGUAUGUACGUACGGUCACUGUGGGGACGACAUCAUCGAUGCACUUAUUGAUGAAGCCAGUGACUGAUGUGGUGUACUCCUCAAUGCUGUCUGAAGAAUCCCGGAACAUGUUCCAGUCUGUGCUAGCAAAACAGUCCUGUAGCUUAGCAUCUGCGUCAUCGGACCACUUUUUUAUUAGCCGAAUCACUGGUGCUUCCUGCUUCAGUUUUUGCUUAUAAGCAGGAAUCAGGAGGAUAGAGUUAUGGUCAGAUUUGCCAAAUGGAGGGCGAGGGAGAGCUUUGUAUGCGUCUCUGUGUGUGGAGUAAAGGUGGUCUAGAGUUUUUUCCCCUCUGGUUGCACAUUUAACAUGCUGGUAGAAAUGAGGUAGAACGGAUUUAAGUUUCCCUGCAUUAAAGUCCCCUGCUACUAGGAGCGCUGCAUCUGGAUGAGCGUUUUCCUGUUGAUUAAUGGCCUUGUACAACUCGUUCAGUGCAAUCUUAAUGCCAGCAUUGGUUUGUGGUGGUAAAUAGACAGCUAUGAAAAGUAUAGAUGAAAACUCUCUUGGUAAAUAGUGUGGUCUACAGCUUAUCAUAAGAUACUCUACCUCAGGCCUAUCACUUGCGAAUGAUAAAUUAUCACUUGUGAAUGAUGCCCAGCUUAAGGCAAGAACCAAUGCACCAUCUGUGGAUCUGUUGGCGCGGUAUGCAAAUUGGAGUGGGUCUAGGGUUUCUGGGAUAAUGGUGUUGAUGUGAGCCAUGAACAGCCUUUCAAAGCACUUCAUGGCUGCAGACGUGAGUGCUACGGGUCGGUUGUCAUUUAGGCAGGUUAUCUUAGUGUCCUUGGGCACAGGGACUAUGGUGGUCUGCUUGAAACAUGUUGGUAUUACAGACUCAGUCAAGGACAUGUUGAAAAUGUCAGUGAAGACACUUGCCAGUUGGUCAGCACAUGCUCGGAAUACACGUCCUGGUAAUCCGUCUGGCCCUGUGGCCUUGUGAAUGUUGACCUGCUUAAAAGUCUUACUCGCAUCGGCUACGGAGAGCGUGAUCACAUAGUCAUCCGGAACAGCUGAUGCUCUCAUGCAUGCUUCAGUGUUGCUUGCCUCGAAGCGAGCAUAGAAGUGAUUUAGCUCGUCUGUUAGGCUUGUGUCACUGGGCAGUUCGCGAGCCACAUCCGACGAGCGUCAGAGCCGGUGUAGUACGAUUCAAUCUUAGUCCUGUAUAUACUCUUUGCCUGUUUGAUGGUUCGUCGGAGGGCAUAGCGGGAUUUCUUAUAAGCUUCCUGGUUAGAGUCUCGCUCCUUGAAAGCGGCGGCUCUACCCUUUAGCUCAGUGCAGAUGUUGCCUGUAAUCCAUGGCUUCUGGUUGGGGUAUGUACGUACGGUCACUGUGGGGACGACGUCAUCGAUGCACUUAUUGAUGAAGCCAGUGACUGAUGUGGUGUACUCCUCAAUGCUAUCUGAAGAAUCCCAGAACAUAUUCCAGUCUGUGCUAGCAAAACAGUCCUGUAGCUUAGCAUCUGGGUCAUCUGACCACUUUUUUAUUAACCGAGUCACUGGUGCUUAGUUUUUGCUUAUAAGCUGGAAUCAGGAGGAUAGGGUUAUGGUCAGAUUUGCCAAAUGGAGGGCGAGGGAGAGCUUUGUAUGCGUCUCUGUGUGUGGAGUAAAGGUGGUCUAGAGGUUUUUUCCUCUGGUACCUGUUUCUUUGUUAACCGCUCAACACAGAAUAGCUGCAUGUGUGCACUCCCUCAAAUCGUUUGGAGAAAUCUACUUUCUAUUUUAUUCAGCUUGGUUCAAUUGUAUUCUUCAUACCAUAAAAUACUAAAAAUUAAUGCCACAGAAUUCUAAGCGAAUCUUGUCUGCUAAAUGAGUGUAGCCCAUAGCCAUAUGGCAUAGCCAGAUCAGGCCCUAACAUAAGGACAACUCAGAGUAUGCUAUUCUGUUCUUCUGAAAAGACCACAAUAAAUCCAUUUUUAUGAAGAAAAUGUAAAGGUGUAGGCUAUAUUAAAUGGAUUUAUUAGACUUUUUUAAAUGUAGAUGUUUCAAAGGUCUGCAUCAGUUGCUUGUAGGGUAUGUGUGGAAGUCAGGAGAUGCUAAAUGUGUUUAUGUUAAUUAACGGUUAAUUACCAUGAGAGCGGCAGUUAUUUGCUUGACAAGUGUAUAUGAUAAUUGUAUGUGACUGGGUGUACGUGGUGUGUGUAGAGUCAGUAUAAAUGUAUGUGCAUAUUAUGUGUGAGUGGGAAAAAGAUGAAGUGGGUGUUUCUGUGUGUGUGUCGGAGUGUCAGUGUGCAUGAGUGCCUUAAUUGAUAUCCUGCCGAUGUUUGCAUUUUGAAUUGGAGCACACAACCAUUGUCUCCCACUGUCUCCUGUUGUUCCACAGACGGUGAGGGAGAGGAGGAAGACUCAGGAGCACACCGUGGACGAGGAGCCUUCACCCCUCAGCAAAUGCAGUCAAGUCGACCUGGAGACGGUGAGAGAAAAAUACAUUGAGAGAAAGUGAGCGGGAGAGAGAGAAUCAGAAAAAAAACUGGAAGAAGAAAAGAGUAAGAUAGAAAGAGCUAGAGCAGUGGUUCCCAACCUUUUUCGGUUACUGUACCACCAACUGAAUUUUGCUCUGCCCGGAGUACCCCUGAAGUACCCCCUCAUGUGCAUUUUACCAGUAGGCCUAUGGUCUCAUGAGUCUUUUCAAGUACCCCCUUUGGAUGGGCUAAGUACCCCCAGGGGUCCUAGUAGCCCUGGUUGGGAACCACUGAUCUAGAGGAUGCCCUCUGGACUUCCCUUUGAUCAGGCUGAGCAUCAAACCCAACAACUGCAGGCUGUCAGCUAGGCAGGAAGUGACAGGUGAUCAUAUCAGGGAAUGGUUCUGGGGUUUAACUACAAGUCAGAGUAGUGCUCAGAUCCCAGAGCCGUACUGGGCCGUCAUUGGCCCAACACUGUGACACUAUGUUGCUGUUCUAUAGGAGCAGGCAGUGUUGCAGGCAGUCAGGGUUGUGCAACAUCAAUGUGUCUGGUCCAAGGCCCUUGAGUUCAGAGUCCUGCUGCUCUGACUGUGGCCUGUGAGCUACAGUACACUCCUGCGUUGACACAUAAAGGGAGAAGAUGGAGAGAGAAAGAGAGAGCUGGGAAGGAUAGAGAGGUGACCACGCUCAGUCAUUCACCCAGCUUUGCUAAAAAAAUGUGUGCCCAACUGUUUUCACAGCUAAUUAUUGAAGACAGUGUGGGAGCCGCUUCGAGGCAUUCAUAAUCAUAGCUUAUGACCAUCUCUAGUAGAUAUGUAGAUAUGUGGAAGGUUUAUCAGUAUUCAGUACAGAUAGACAGGUUACUGUAUGCAGGGAGAGGGUCCUCUGUUCUCACUAACAGAACAGGGGCAGGCCUUCUCAGGCCUUAGGAAUGUUUUUGGAUUAGCUAGUCGCUAGUGGAUAGCAGCGAGUCACCUUUACUUUGCAACAGGGGUGGCCAGGGCCAGCUGUGUGUGUUGGUCAUUGUGAUGCGUUGAGUGAUGGCAUGAUGCUUGUCACAUACCUAAUGCAGCGUCUCUUCUCUUGGCUCAUUCAGCCCUACAUACUUAUACAGUGGAGGAAUCUGUGGCAUGAAUACCAUGAUACUUUUGUCACUCAUUGUUAUCUUAUUGAACUGUCGGUUUGCUUUUCAACACAUACCUGACUGAAACCACAUUCCUCACUUUUAACCUCCUACACCAAGACAAUGGAUGUCCUCAAUGAAUGGUUUGUUUACAUUUUUGUUUCUCUAAAUAGAUCCAACCUUGUCUACUAUAGUAAAUAGAUAUUUCAUAAAGUCUAUAUCCACCUGACCCACCCUAUAAUCAAUUACAGUGCAUAAGAGACCAUGACUCUAAGGUCACAUUAAAGGGUAAAGGAGACGUUUAGAAAAGGGUAUGGACAGAGAUAUGAUCAGCAGAUCCUUCACAGAGAUUGGAUCACAUGUUUAUCAGGGAGUUGCACAACGCCUCUACUUCCUGGGUCUGAAGUGUGGUGUGGUGGAGACUCUUUCCUCUGGACAUCUGUCUCAGUCUCUCUACCGCCACCUGCUGGACAGACCACCAUCAGUCAGAAGGGCCAAGCCAACGUGAUCUCACUGUCAUAAAGUUAUGACUGAAAUAAGUUAUCCAGUCCAAUUUCCAUUGGAUUUCGAUUCUACAUGAAAAAUAUGUAGUUUGAUGUAGUAAUUCAAGCUUUUAGGCAGAAGUGGUGCUAAUGGGGUUCUGACACAUUAUAAUCACCUUGUAUUGUAUGAUGCUGUAUGUAUGUAUUGUACUGUUGUGUUGUGUGCUGUAAGGCUUAAGCUACUGUACUGUGUUGUAACCUAAGUUGUGGCUCCUCUGCUAUUCCCGCAGGACCUGGUGGACUGGCGGAAGCCCCUGGCCUGGCAGGUGGGCCACCUGGGAGAGAAAUAUGACACCUGGGUGCACCAGCCAGUGGACCGGCCCAUUCGCCUGUUCGGGAACGAGUUUCUAGAGGCCAGCACUAAAACAUCCUGGUAAGAGAGAUGAAUGUACACUUCGGGACGGUUUUCCUGACAGAUUAAGCCUAGUCCUGGACUAAAAGGCUAUUUCAAUGGAGACUCUCUAUGAAGCAUACUUUUAGUCCCAAACUAGGCUUAAUCUCUGUCUGGGAAACCGGCCCAUACAGUGUAGAAAAGCACUUACCCCAGAACGAUAAGCUUGGGUUUAGAUGAUAAGUCAUUUGAUUGUCUGUGUGUAGGUACAUGGUCCCUGCUGUGUGGAUGCCACUGGUGUUCUAUCUCUGCUGGUACUGCUACACUACCUUGGCACUGGAGACAACCAGACUGUUUGCCAGCACAGGUAACAAACACACAAUCAUGUCUGUCUGUCUGCCUAUCCAUCCAGCAAAUUCAUGCUUUUUCUCAUGUAUUGUCUAGUAGAUAUCUAUAUCGUGUAUCUGUCCCACCACCUCCCUCUGCAGACUACUCCAUCUUGGUGCACAAGUACAGCUUUCCCCUCAUGUUCAUAAUGGGCAUGGUCAUGUGGACCUUCAUCGAAUAUUGCAUCCAUCGCUUCGUCUUCCACAUGCGCCCACCCGCCCACAACUAUUACCUCAUCACCAUUCACUUCCUGCUGCACGGACAGCAUCAUAAGGUGAUAUACAGUCAUACACAGAACAGAAUGAAGGAUACUCUGGAACUAAUGUUAAAAAUCACUGAUGUCUUUUUGUAAACGGAUAAGUACUUACAUGUGUUUUAUGCCUCUUUUGUUUAUGAUUCAUUUGGAAUUCAGAAACUUGGGAAACUGCAGAAGGAUAUAAUUUUUGUUCCAAAUCUAGGCCAAGCCAUAUGCUUGACUGACAAAACCAACGUUUUCAGUAACUAGUCAAUGUCUAUGUGCUCCUGAACUAACACCAUGGUUAAUCCUGCUGUUUCCUCCCUCCAGUCACCCUAUGAUGGCUCCCGCCUGGUCUUUCCUCCUGGCCUGGCCUCAGUGAUGAUAGGCAGCUUCUACCUGCUGCUGACCAAGGCCUUCCCCGAGACCCUGGGGGUGUCCCUGUUUGUGGGGGGGCUGUUUGGGUACGUGGUGUACGACAUGAUCCACUACUACCUUCACUACGGCUCCCCUCAGAGAAACUCCUACCUGUACAGCCUCAAGGCAUAUCACGUCAAGCACCACUUUGAACACCAAAGAGCAGGUAAGGAGGACCAGAAUAGCUCUUUGUAUCACCAUACUUCUGUUGGCAUAGUAACUUCUGAUGGAGAGAAUGAGGGACAUAGAAUGUAAAGUAUAUGACCUCAGACUCUUCAUACGUCUCUGUAAUUCCCUGUAGUGGUCCUCUGUAGCUCAAUUGGUAGAGCAUGGCGCUUGUAACGCCAGGGUAGUGGGUUCGAUCCCCGGGACCACCCAUACGUAAAAAUGUAUGCACACAUGACUGUAAGUCGCUUUGGAUAAAAGCGUCUGCUAAAUGGCAUAUUAUUAUUAUUAUUAUUAGUUCAGCUCUGUGUAUGGUUCUUAUAUCUAUUAUACCUUAUGACUCGGUCCUCUCAAUGAUGACAUUCAUUGGUUUCCCUCUGCAGGUUUUGGAAUCAGCACCACAUUGUGGGACCAUCCGUUCAACACAGUGAUCCCUGAACAGACCUUUUAG